AUGGACGAGCAGGGCCUUGUCGGGCGGGGAGCCGCAGAAAGCAUGAUCAGGCAGCCAGAGCCAGGCCUGGUGACAGGUGGACUGACAUGGCAGGAGACACCCGGUUCCUGCGGGAGACUGGAUACCCUGCCGCUCCUCUUCCCCCGCCUCCGCUCCGCGGCUCGGUGCAACCCGGUGCAGCCGGCGUCUCCGAAUUUCUCAGCGCGAACAAAGGACAACGGGAUCCAGGGCUUGGGACAGGGCUGCGUCUGCCGGCCCCACAGAGCCUUCACCCUGGCCUUGGCCGGCGUGCCCUCCCCAGGGGCCCGAGUUAGAAGCGGGGCCCGGGCAGGCCUUCCUUCCUUGCAGCUGCGUGCGGCGGCGGCCGGCCCCAGUAACUCCUGUUUGCUUAUAGUCUCAGCAGUUGAAAACUCUCUUUCCCAGCUGCCUGCUCCUCGAGACCCCAAGGUUCGCCUGUACAAUGCCGAGCAGGUUCUGAGUUGGGAGCCGGUGUCCCUGAGCAAUGACACGAGGCCGGUGGUCUACCAGGUGCAGCAUAAAUACCGUAGUAGCAGUACGUGGUAUGACCUCGGUGACAAGGUGGAGGUAAACUGUAUGAACAUCACCACAACAGAGUGUGACUUCACCCCAAAAGGCAACUCAGUCUUUCUGCGACCGGAAUUCGACACCUUUUUACGUGUUCGAGCGAAGGUAGACGACCUGGUUUCUCCAUGGCUGACAGUGCCUUCUUUCCGGUACUGUAGGAAUGUUACCGUCGGGCCUCCCGAAAACAUUUGGGUGACGCCAGGAGAAGGCUCCCUUAUCAUCAGGCUCUCCUCUCCCUUUGACGUCCGUGCCUUCUCGGCCACUUUUUUGUAUUAUGUCCAUUACUGGGAAAAGGCAGGAAUCCAACAGGUUAAAGGCCCCUUCAGGAGCACCACCAUCGUGUUGAAUGAUUUGAAACCCUUAAGAGAAUACUGUUUACAAGUCAAAGCGCAACUGGUUUGUGAAAAAGGGAACAUCUCUAGACCCGGACACUUAAGCAACGUAUCUUGCUACAAAACAGCGAUGGAUGCCGCCACAAAACUCCAGCAAAUCAUCGUGAUUGCUGUGGGACUCUUUCUGUUCCUGUCGAUGCUGGCGGGGGCCUGUUUCUUCCUGGUCCUGAAAUACAGAGGCCUGGUGAAAUACUGGUUUCACUCUCCACCGAGCAUCCCGUUACAAAUAGAAGAGUAUUUAAAGGACCCGGCUCAGCCUAUCUUGGAGGCCCUGGACAAGGACAGCUCGCCAAAGGAUGAUGCCUGGGACUCUGUGUCCGUUGUUUCGUUUCCAGAGAAGGAGCAAGAAGAUGUUCUCCAGAGUACUUUGCACCAAAGCCCUGGUCCAGUCCAGCAGCCUGUGGGAUGAGGGCUCUGAGCCGACGAAGCAGCUGAUGUUCGCGUCGCGACUUCACAGAGCCCAGCACUCCAUAUUCCCGUCCCGCCAAGGCCGCCGGUGCCUGGGAAGAUGCCAUGGGUCUCGUCGGGGAGACAAGUUGUUUUUUUUUUUUCUAGAGUUUUCUAAUCAUACGAGUUUCUAGAAUGAUUCUACAGAGAUAGCCCAGAAUAAUUAAGAUUUCUCUUAAACACUAAAAGGACACAUAAUUGUUAGCAAAAUGGCUCAGGUAUGCCUCUGAGGUUUUGUUCGUCAGCAGCGAGGACACCGGGUCCUCUCCUUGACUCGGGCGGGUGGGCUGCAGCCCCCGGGGCAGGUCAUGUAACCUGUCCCAGGCUGUCCCAACGAGGGACAUCGAGUGACCCUUCACCAUAGCCAGUCUCCUGCCUUAAAAUGUGAUUAGUCCUGUAAAUAUUUUCCUGGUAAUUUAAGCCUUUUUUUUUUUUUCCAAGCUAGGAAUAAAAGACUUUAACUUUUUCAAAGUAAAAGUGAAGUUUCUGCUUUCCAUUUCACCUUCUUUAUUUUGGCCUAUUUUCUGCAAAGUUUCAACUUUUUAAAAAAUUACUAUAUCUAGGGGCGCCUGGGUGGCUCGGUCCGUUGAGCGUCUGACUUCAG